AUGCCUCGUUCAUGUUGUGUAGUCGGUUGCAAAACUGGAUAUAAGUUUAACCAUAGUACAAUUAAGGUAUCUACUUUUUCUUUUCCUACGGAUGAAAAUUUAAAGAAAAAGUGGAUAAAUAAAAUACCCCGAAAAGAUUUGAUUGUUACUAAAAAUUCAGUAGUUUGUGCCAGUCAUUUUACUGAUGAACAAAUUAUUAGAACAUGGACUUCAGGGGUUGGUGAUAAACAAGUGUGUAUAAAUUUAAAGUAUCCAAAACUAAAAGAAGAUGCUAUCCCAUGCAUAUUUCCUGGCCCAAAAUAUUUAUCUAAUCCACAAACUAAAAGAAAGUCUUCUAGAAAGCGAGAUAGUUCAUUAAUCUCUUCUAAAAACAUUAAAGUAGUAGAGGCUGAAUCUAAAAUUUCUGAACAUCAUUGUAAUAAUGAUAUUGAUCCAGAAUUUUCUGAAGAAUCUUCAGUCUUGUCCACUGAACAAAAGUUUGAGAAAAUAUGUUGUGAUCUUGAGUCAAUCACACUUCCAGAUAAUUGGAAAUAUGAGAUACAUAGAGGAAAUAAACCAUAUAUUCAACUAGAAAUGUACCGAUACUACGAUGUACUAAUAUUACCAAUAGUAAAAUAUGACCCUACUUACUACUAG